AUGGAAAUCCAUAACGGUUGGGACAGUCUCAUAAUACAGAAUGAACAGAUAAGAAACAUCACAGGACUUCUGGGAAAUUAUAACGGUGAUCCUGAGGAUGACCUAACCACACAAGAUGGACAUAUUAUCUCCCGGAACAGCACGGCGAGGGAUAUACACGUGGACUUCGGGUUGACAUGGAGAGUUCGCAGACAGCAUUCCCUGUUCACGUAUCCCAUUGGUAAGAACUACUCAACUUUCCAGAACGAGGCCUUCACCCCUAUGUUCCCGGACCCUGCUCAAACGUUCACACCGGAAGCACGGAAUAUAUGUGGCGAUGACGAAUUUUGUCUUUACGACUACCACACUACUGGACGGGCGGAUAUUGCAGGCGCAACAAGAGCUGCUACUCAGACAUUCAAAAGCAUACAAAUACAAGCGGAACCAGUACUUAACAUUCAGAUCCACUGUAAUAUGUUGCGGGUCAAAUUGAUCGUAGAAUAG